GUCUCCCGGCGGCCAAGAUGGCGGCGGCGGCGGUGCGCGCCUCGCUGCGGCUCUCGGCGGCCGUUGGCGGGGGAAGCCGGCUGGGCAGCGCCGAGGCCCGGCGGAGGCUGCGGGCGCUGCGCGUGGCGCGCUGGCUGAGCGCGGGCCCCGCCUGGCCCCCCGCCCCCCGGCGGCCCGGAGGAGGCUCCGGUGAGGGGCGCGUGACGUCACGGGGCGCCGCCGGUGGAACUCCCUGCCACUGGAGAGAAGCGGCAGCAUGGGGGGGGCUUUAGAAGGGGGGGCAUUCGGUGAUUCCGCAUGGGGGUUGCCGGAGCUCUUGGGCUCCCGCUUCUUGGCUCCCCGCAAGGGGCAGCUGGUCGGCCGCGGUGAGAGCAGGACCCUAUCCUGCAACCUCCUGGCCAGCGACCCUUCCCUCUAGGACAGGGAUGGCCAAACUUGGCUCUUCAGCUGUUUUUGGACUACAACUCCCAUCAUCCCUAGUUAACAGGACCAGUGGUCCGUUUGGCCAUCACUGCUCUAGGACACCCUUCUGCAACCCCCGUGUCCUCCACGUGUUGUGGGAAUGCAUCUCUCCUGGAGAAAUCAACUUUUAUCUCCAAGGACACAGCCAACUAUGUGACUUGUGGCAGUCCUAGGAUCCUUGGCAUGUAAUUAUUGCCGUCCAGUUUUAAACAGACAUGAGGCUGGUACCCUUGCUUGUUGGGUUAGCCGAAGGAGAAAAAGCAGGUUUUAAACACAUCCGUUACUCAUUUACCUAUGGACUUUGGUUAGGCAGGUACGGUGCUCAAGUUCUGGUUGACUAGGAUAGGGGGAUUGUUCCGAUUGGUGUCCUGAAUUCCAAAGGACUCGUGGCGCUUUUUGCACAGACCACAUAGCUAAGAACGAGACAGUCUGUUGUCCUAAAACCCCAUUUUGUUCUUUUGCAGGAGUGAUACAUCAUCCUCUUGCCUGCGCUGCCUCAUUUCAUACCAGCCCUGCAAGCUGUGCCAAAGAGGACUAUUACCAGAUCCUGGGGGUGCCUCGAAACGCCAGCCAGAAGGAGAUCAAGAAGGCCUAUUACCAGGCAUGUUUGCUGAAAAGAAAUGUCUUUGAGAAAAUAGGUUUCUCAAAACAGGAAGGUAGCAUUGGAGUUACAGGGUGCUGGCAUGUUCCAUUUGUCCUCUUCCGCAGGGCAUCAGCGUACAAAUGUUUAACUGCAGUGCCUUAUGCUUUCUGAGCCCCCUCAGGGGAAAAGGUGGGGUACAAAUAAGCAUAUAAUCUUAUAAUUUUUGAGUAGCCUUUAGGAAGGGAUGGGCUAGUGGAGAGGAGGAGGUUUUUUAAAGUAUUAGGAAAUGGUGGAGAAGGACAUUUUAAUGUGAUUGACCAGUUUUAGUGAAGCAAACUGGUCCAUAGUGGUUGAAAGAGCAAGCAAAGGGUCCCAGGUUUUUCUAUUUAAAAAAAAACAAGGGUGCCUUCUUAUUAGAAGUCCACAUGCAGGCGUGUAUUUCUCUACCCUUUGGAAUGGAAAUGGUAGAGUUUUGCCUACACAGCACUCUGUGUCACACUCUUGUCAGGAUAUUUCCAUGAUUAGUAUCUGGAUUAUUUUAUGUAAAAAGAACUGGCUGAGGAUAGCUUUGUGUUUAAUGCCUAGGAAACAGACUUUUUCUAGUAGGGGUACAUAUUUUAUGAACAGCUCUUUCUCAGCUUUUGUUUAAAAGAAAUUCUGUGGGCAUAUCCAUUCCUUUGGUGGGGGACAGAACCUCUGCACACUUGAGAUUGGUGGAAUCCUGACAUCUCAAGGUUAAAGAAAGGCUUCAUACACUUCAGCUGUGGACCAUGUGUCUCAGCAUGUGGACAGGUGGGAAGUCAGGCUGAUGAGCUCUUCUAAAUGUACCAAUAACACUGAAAAGUGAAAAGAGCAGAUAAAACUGCAACAAGAGCAUCAGUAGCAACAGACCUGCAGGCAAAACCUAAAGACGUGCUGGAAUAGGGUUUUUCUUUUCAUUUGGUACUGAAAGCUCACUGAUCAGUACCAAUUGUAUCUCAAGAGGGAGGGCACCACCUUUCAUUAAUUGAUAUUGACCUUGGGUAGUAAUUCUUUGCUUCCAGUGAAAUUGUAAAUAUUUUUCUAAAUAUUUUUCUGGAGUCCUAUUUAUCCUAUUAUGCUUUUGAGAUUUAAGCCAUAAUGCUAAUAGACCUAUAACCUCCCAUUUUCACAGAUAUUUCAUCAGAUUGCAUCAUCUGACCAUAGCUAGAAAUAGUGAUUAUUCUUGAAAGGCCACUGUGUUUCCAUGUUACAAUAGAAGCCAAAAAAAUCUUUUCCUUUACAUCAACCAGCUUAUUUUGAAAGUUUUCACCUUUAACACCAUAUGCGUUACUAUAUUAUUUUGGGAAUUACUUUAGUUUGGAUUUAUGAUGCUCUUGUUAUUUGUUACUCUUAUUGCUCUUGUUACUCUGGCACAGAAACCCUCCUUGUCGCAUGGUAUAAAAUUUGAGUGAUGCCAUACUCUUCUAACUUGAGCAUAAUGCAGUUGAUUUGAAAUACAAUCUUGUAAUCAGUAACAAAAAGAAGCAGCGAUGACAGUGAUUCUCUUGUGCUUCAUCUUCACAUUUGGGUCUUUUUGCUUAGCUUGCCAAGAAAUACCACCCGGACACGAACAAAGAUGACCCUAAAGCGAAGGAGAAGUUCUCGCAACUGGCUGAAGCCUACGAGGUAAUGUGGGGGCUGUUUUUUCGGGGGGUGGGGUGGGCUCCUUCUGGAGUGGUCCCAUUGCUCACAAUGGCAUCACGACUUCAAAAUCCAGCCAUGUUAGCUCUGCGAGGCAAAAAUAAAGCCCUCAUCUUCCUUCCUUGUAGGUCUUAGGCGAUGAAGUGAAACGGAAACAGUAUGAUACUUACGGGACAGCCGGUUUUGAUGCAAGCUCAGCAGGAUCCGGACAACAAUAUUGGCGUGGCGGCCCGUCUGUGGAUCCAGAGGAGCUGUUCAGGAAGAUCUUUGGGGAGUUUUCAGGGUCCCCUUUCGGAGACUUCCACACUGCCUUUGACCAGCCCCAGGAAGUGAGCAAAACACUCUGUCUGCAUGUGUAGCUUUUAAGGGAAAGUUACUUGGAAAAAGUUCAUUAUGACUGGGAUUCUAGUUUUGACUGCCCGGUUGUCCAAUUUGAUUUGUAAGUACAGUGGUGCCUCGCAAGACGAAAUUAAUCCGUUCCGCGAGUUUCUUCGUCUAGCGGUUUUUUCGUCUUGCGAAGCAACCCUAUUAGCGGAUUAGCGCUAUUAGCGGUUUAGCGGCUAUUAAAGGCUUAGCGGUUUAGCGGCUAUUAAAGGCUUAGCGGCUUAGCGGCUAAAAGGCUAUUAGCGGCUUAGAAAAGGGGGGGGGAGCGAAAAAAAUAUCAAGACUCGCAAGACAUUUUCGUCUUGCGAAGCAAACCCAUAGGGAAAUUUGUCCUGCGAAGCGCAUCGAAAAACGGAAAACCCUUUCGUCUAGCGGGUUUCUCGUCUUGCGAGGCAUUCGUCUUGCGGGGCACCACUGUAGUAAUUCAUUAAAUGCCUGUUUUAAUAUUUACAAUUGUGCUAUUUAUGAGACAGGGCCAUUCCUAAAACAGGGAAACGUUUAGCCCCACAUCACUGUCUUCUGCCGUGUGCAAAAUGGUGAGUCAAAAUAGCUGGCCCUGAUCUUUCCCUGGGCAUUGAGUGAUGGCUGCCUUUGCUCCCUCUCUCUCUCUCUAGUAUAUCAUGGAACUGACAUUCAACCAGGCCGCCAAGGGCGUCAACAAGGAGAUUCAAGUGAACAUCAACGACACCUGCCAGCGCUGUGAUGGCAAAGGGCACGAGCCAGGCACCAAAGUGCAACACUGCCACUACUGCAAUGGCACUGGCAUGGUAAGUGUAUCGAUGGGUCACAACGCAGAGGAAAGCAGGCUCUGCUCACCUCGCUGCUGUGCGGAGACUCCUGCCUGUGCCAAGUGGACAACUUUGCUUUUCCGAGGAGGGCAGAGAGCUUUCCCCCUUCGCUUGCUUGAUUUAGAUUCAUUGGGAAUCAUCAGCCACUGGAGACUCCCACACCUAGAAAAUGCCGAAGAAAUAAUCUCCGCUUGCAAAAAUGCCCAGAAAGGCAUCGCCUCUCUCUGCAUCUUCUCCCCCCCCCCCCAAAUAGGAGACGAUCAACACAGGUCCCUUUGUCAUGCGUUCUACGUGCCGGCGAUGUGGCGGGCGUGGCUCAGUUAUGACGACCCCCUGUGUGAUGUGUCGCGGCUCUGGGCAGACCAAGCAGAAGAAGGUGGUGAUGGUCCCAGUUCCCGCAGGUCCGCAUUCUCUGCCUUGUUUGGGUUCUUCAUUAGAUGGGGUGGCUGCUGCCCUGCUUUCAUGAAGCUUGGUUGGGUCAGAGCAGAGGAACAACAGCUGCUUCCUGCAGAAUGGAUCAAGGGAUGGCUGGGGUGGAGUGGCCUUUGCAAAGGUGGGCUGCUGAGGAUUUAAGAAUCCUAGAGCGGAUGAGAAACAAGCAGGAAGUACCAGGGGAAUGCCCAUGUUUACUACGCUCUUGCUCUGGCUUCAGGUGUGGAGGAUGGGCAGACGGUUCGGAUGCCUGUAGGAAAGAGGGAGAUCUUCAUUACCUUCCGGGUGCGUAUUUGUCUGGGCUCCCAUGAUUCUCUGCCCUGUUUGAAGACAGCACCCGUCUGCUGCCGCCUCCUCCAUGAACUGUACCCUCUUUCUGGAUUCAGGUUCAGAAGAGCUCUACGUUCCGGAGGGACGGUGCAGACAUCCACUCGGACCUCUAUGUCUCCAUAGCACAAGCUGUCCUUGGCGGCACAGCCAGGUCUCCUGGUCUGUACGAAACAAUCAGCAUUGCGGUAUGUAGCAGCAGGUCCCUUGAUGACGGGGAGCAUGCGGGUGCCCUGUAUGGCUGCGCCUUCUGGUCCUUGUCAGUUGGUGAUGCGGCUCAGGCAUCUCCCUCCAGAGAGCUCAGCCUGGAUGGCCAGGAUCUCCCAGCCUAUGGAGUGGGGGGCCCUGUUCAACUCAUGUGUUUACUGUGUCCAAAUGGAAAUCUGUGUCAAGCACUGUAUGCUCUCACUGCCCUCAUCUUCUGCUGCAGGACUCUGCAUGUGGUGUGCAUGUUGCCACAGUGUCCCUCCCCUUCCUAGGCUCCUAUGACUCUUACAGCACAGUCCAGCACAUGUUACUUGGUAAAUCCCACUGUGAUCUCUUGCUCCCUAGUAAGCGUAUUUAGAAUUGCAUCCUGGAUCUGUGUCUGCUGUUAUCCUUUCCCUUUACCUCUCCUGUGUGACUGGCUGCUUACACACGCCUGUGGGAGCCGUGCUUAUUUUAAAUUGAAUUCUCUUUGUCUGGUUGGAGGGGGGGGGGCUCCCUGGAGAAAUAAAUAGAACCGGAUACAUAUGGUUGUACGCAAAAUGCUGAAUAAACCCUGUUCCUCCAUCUCUCUGCCAGAUCCCCCCAGGCAUUCAAGCUGACCAGAAGAUUCGGAUGAGUGGGAAAGGCAUUCCCAGAGUUAACAGUUACGGUUACGGCGACCACUAUAUUCACAUAAAAAUCAAAGUUCCCAAGUAAGUGGGGGGGGGCUUUGGGGGCCGGGGGGGGGAUGGUGGCGUUCAGCAGGAGCAUGUUAGACACGCAAUGGUGCAAAAUGCAAAGUGGCCUUUGUUUUGGGAGAUGUAGCGGGGAAUGAUGGAUACAGGGGAGGAAGUCCACCUCUCCUCAGGCCACACCCCUUUUUGUAUUAAGCAGUAUAUAAUGGGUUAUUAGCGAGCCCUCAUUGGGAAGAGGCACCUUGGUUUCAAAGAGAGGAUCCAGCGCUGCAGGACGGUGGCUUUGGGGAGCCUGGCAGACACCAGGGGAAGAGGCUGCCUUCAGUUUGUAGGCGUGUUCAUUAGGCGGUUCAGGUUUUCCCCAGGAUCGUGAGCCUUCCUGCCAAGGUAGCCCUUUCCCCCCUUUGUGCUGCAGGAGGCUGACAGACCGCCAGCGAGCCUUGAUGCUGAGCUAUGCAGAAGACGAAACCGAAGUGGAAGGGACCGUGAAUGGCGUCACCAAUACAGCCACUGGUAAGUGGAGUCCUGCAAGGUGUCUUUGGGCACUUGGAGGUGGCAGGGGACCCUUCCGCCACCUCCUUAAAUGGCCCGCACUGCAGUGUGGUGCUUACGAUGUUACUGAGCUGGGCAACGUGGGACUUCCGUGGCCUGGUUGCAACGGCAGCGGUGUGACCUGCACCCCUGCUGGAAUGGAGGUCUCUUUGCAUCAGUAGAUGCCACAAGGAACGAGUCUGGUUGUGUUGUGGUCCUCACUUGGGGGAGGGAUCUGGAGGCAUCUCUUUGCGUCGCCUUACCCGCCAGCUGUCAUCUUAAGCUAAAAGAUUGCGAUUCUCCCUUAAAAAGGAAGAGGGAGGUAUUGAUUUUGGGACCAGAGGACAUAGGAUGUAGUAAGAGGCAUUUCAGACAGCCAGGAUUUUUUUUUUAAGUAGUUAUCUGCACAUUCUUGGUCUCCUUGUGACAGUUUCCCUAACCGGGUACAGAGUGAUUUGGAUUUGAAGGCCUAGGCUAUAAAGGAAAGGGGUGGGGCCUUUGGAGAGGCUGUUCAUGCCCUUCCUUGCACAACUGCCUUGUAAAGAUCUGGUGUCCAGAUGUUGGACUUCAGUUCCCAUCAGGCCAGCAUAGCCAGCGGUCAGGGCUGAUAGAAGCCAUAGUCCAGCAAGGUUUAGGGGACCACAAAUUCCUCAUGUCUGGGUUUAAAGGAGCUGGACAGUCUUUCCUGACACAACUGAGUGACAGAAAGGAGACCAAAGAGCCAGGCAGCCGUUACCAAGCAGGUGGCCCCCAGGUGCUUUGGUCUGUAUUGUCCAUCGGCCCCUGGGAGCACAGCCGCAGGACCCUGGAGUUCAUGGGGUUGGCAGUCCAGAAUGGCUAGAGGGGCACCAGGUUGGCAGAUAGAAUUGGAAUUGCAAACAGAUGCUGUGAGAAGCAGCAAAGAUACUGCCUGGAGAUGAGAGCUAGGCAUGAGAACAAGAAGCAAGAGGCCAAGAAGCAUCACUUGGCAAAGCAGUGUAAUGGGAAAGUCCCUCUUGGCUGAUCCCAGGGCACUUCCAAUACAUGGAACACAGGUUGAAGCGAAAUGAGUUUGUUAGGCCUUCCAGCACGAGCAUGGCCUCCCCCACACCCCCGCCUUGCCUCUCCUUGGGCAAGUGGCCAGGAAAUGUUUCCAGGUGUGGUGAGCCAAUGGGUGGCAGCAGCAGCACCGCCAUCUCACAAUUGCAUAUCCUGACGCAGCUCUCUGCUGUUUGUGUCUAGGUGGCAGGGGGACGACUAGAUCGGGGGCAGGCGAGGAGAGGCCCGAGGCCCAGGGGGACGACAAGGAGGGAUUCCUAGCUAAACUUAAGAAAAUGUUUAGCUCCUGAUUUGCCCCGCCAGAGGUAGGAGGCCUCUUGUGUUCUUCUGUGCUCACUGCUGCUGAGCAGACACAGAAUUGUUUGCAGCUGGGUGGGGCAGCCUUUCUGGCUGAGGGGGACAAGGUAGCGGAGACCCUUCCCUUAGGGUGGGAGACCCUUCUUCCCUCCCUAGAAUCCCGUAAAGAGCAGCAGCUGGUCUGGUGCCAGCUCUGCCUGUUGCGCUACUUCCUUCCUUGACCCACUGGGCCUUCCUCUCCUCUCUGCUGUCCCACCCCAACAGCUUUUGGUUGCAACGGCGACCCAACAGCCACGCAAAUAAAUGGUGGGGGCACAAGAGACUGGAUGCUGCAUCUACUGCAAGCCACGUGUGACGGUGCUGUGUGAGGGUAUAAGGCUUUGGCUGUUGGUAGAAUGCAUCGGAUCCAUUUGUGAAUUGCAUAGGUGCAAUCCUUCUGGAAAGGUUUGCCACUUGAGGCCCUGAACCCUUGGAACUGCCUGCCACUGGAUGCUGGCAAAGCAUCUCAAAAGUCUGGAGUCCACACUUAAACUGGGACCAGGCAGAGGCCCACUCUGCACCCAGGAUGUCAGGAUUGGAGGGGUUGACCUGCAGGCCCACAGCUGCCAGUAGUCGCUGGGGAGAUGAGGCUUCUCUGUGGCUACAGCUGGUUGUCUGUUGAUUUCCAUGGAAAGAGAGGGCAGCCCUUGCCAGCAAGCUGCUCUUUGCAGUCAAAGUGCAUGGCAGGGGAAGCUUCACAAGACUUCCCUUUUCCUUUUGGCUCCAGGGAAACGUUCUACUGGAAACUAGGGUGAUGUGUGGCAGCGGUCGAGCGGCUGUGUCGUCCUCCUUGGAGGUGAAGCGACCACAGGAGCCUGGCAAGAAGAAUCCUAGACAGACACACUGGAACUUGCUUGGCAGGACGUCUGCGCAGGUGGAAGGCUUUUGCCUCUGGAAGCAGGACUUGGGAGGGGCAGCCUCUGCCAUGUCGCCUACGGGAGCUGCAAAAGGUUCCAGGUUCCCUGGAGAGACCCUCCUCCUUUUCCAGACAGAUGCAGACCACCGAGUGGGAACCUGGACAGGAAAAAUCAGGCACCCGUCUAGUUUAGCAAACAGUCCUGCUCUCCUGAGGUUUUGACAAGCCCCGCAGAGAGCUCCUGAGAUCACCAGCCCGCUCCAAAAAGCGGAGAGGCAGUGGAGAGCCCACGAAUUCCCUGACCCCGAGUUCUUUUGGCCGCCAGGAGAAUUUAGCUUCAGAGUUUUGUGGCACAGCCUGGCCUCAGGAAAGCGGCUUCUCUUGACUGCAGCAGCUGUAAGUAAACGGCCGGGGAUUCCUCCAUUGCACGUGGGCAGGCAGGGAGAUCUGUUGCAUCUCUCGUGCAGGUCUGAAACGCAUCUGAAUUAGUUGCCCCUUUGCUCUGCUGCUAGCUCGUGAGGUUGCAGUGGGGUGCUGGGGGCAGCUGCUUCGUGCAGCAACAUUUUUUUGUAGGAAAGCAGCAGUCAAAUACAACACCGUGCCUCCUCCCAUUUACCUGCACUCAGAAGGCGUGUCCCAUAGAAUUUGCUGUGUGUGAAGCAUCCCUCUGCACUUUUGGCCUAAGGAGACAGAUGGUGGGGGAAGCGAGAGCAGAAUGCGCCCCGUUAGCCUCUGAAAGAGCUGGCCAUGAGGCUGGGCACAGCUGAGCCACAUAGCAUUCAGGACUGCUGGGGGUGAAGGUGGCUGCUGCAUCCAGUCGCUGUUACUUAUUUGGCCGCUUUAAGAUUCCCACCCCACCCUGCAAUAAAAUCCACGCGGACUGGAGCUCUCUCCCUUCACUUGCUAGCAGACGGCGCGUGCAGCCUCCUGAGCCAUUUGGCCUGCAAGGUGAUUCUGUAUCAAAUGUAAAAUACACUCUAU